CUCUUCUCUCCCUCCCUAGAGGAAAGACACACUCAACUCACGAUAGAAAAAGUACAAAAGGUCCACGAUAACGCUAAUAUGACCAAUGGAUCAGUAGAUGGAACUACCGGGCUCGAGCCGCAGUUUGCGUCGCUCGGCGUUAAUGGAACGAGAUCGGCUUAUGUUCCCCCACACAUGAGACAGCAGCGGGCUGCUCCUGCCAUGUCCAACGGAGGAGGCAACUGGAGUGACCCCCAACCACCCCCUCAUUUCACUUCUCCUCGUGCUGCCCCCAACGACAGACCUCGCGGCGGUGGAGGCGGGUCCUUCAGCCCCGCUUUUAGCGGUGGACGCUCCCGCGAUGACUGGGGCGCCGGUGGUGCCGCCGGUGGCCGUGCCGCCUCGUGGUCCAAGGGACCCAGCGAGGGUGGCGGAAACAAAGAAGCAACCGGUUUCGGCUCCUGGCGCGAUGGCAAGCACAUCGUUGGCCAGCGCAGCCCACGCAUGGAGAAGGAGCUCUACGGCGACCCGGACGACCCCUCGAAACAACACACGGGUAUCAACUUCGAGAAAUACGAUGAUAUUCCUGUCGAGGCUACCGGUGCUGGUGUCCCCGACCCUGUCACCGCAUUCACCAACCCCCCUCUCGACCCCGUUCUCCUCGAGAACAUUAGCUUCGCCAUGUAUACCACCCCCACUCCCGUGCAGAAAUACUCUAUUCCUAUUGUUGCAGCUAAUCGCGACCUCAUGGCUUGUGCGCAGACCGGCUCCGGCAAGACGGGUGGCUUCUUGUUCCCCAUUUUCUCCGCUUCCUUCGCUUCGGGACCGCGCCCACCUCCGGCCGAGACGCCCAUGGGCUACUCGAGCCGUGGCCGCAAGGCCUACCCUACAGCCCUGAUCCUUGCCCCUACACGUGAGCUCGUCAGCCAGAUUCACGACGAGGCUCGCAAGUUUGCGUACCGCUCCUGGGUUCGUCCCGCCGUCGUCUAUGGUGGUGCCGACAUUGGUCAGCAGCUCCGCCAGAUCGAGCGUGGAUGCGAUCUUCUCACCGCCACUCCCGGUCGUCUCGUCGAUCUCAUUGAGCGCGGUCGCAUCAGCCUUGCCAACAUCAAGUACCUCGUCCUCGACGAGGCUGACCGCAUGUUGGACAUGGGUUUCGAGCCCCAGAUCCGUCGCAUUGUGCAGGGCGAGGACAUGCCCGGCACCCAGGAACGCCAGACGCUCAUGUUCAGUGCCACCUUCCCCCGCGACAUUCAGAUGCUCGCCCGUGACUUCUUGAAGGACUACAUCUUCCUCUCCGUCGGUCGUGUCGGCUCCACUUCUGAGAACAUCACCCAGAAGAUCGAGUAUGUUGAGGACAACGACAAGCGUUCCGUCCUUCUCGAUAUUCUUGCCAGCGAUCUCUCCGGGCUUACCCUGGUCUUUGUUGAGACGAAGCGCAUGGCGGACAUGCUCAGCGACUUCCUGAUGUCCAACCGCAUCGCUGCCACUAGCAUCCACGGAGACCGCACCCAGCGCGAGCGCGAGUUGGCUCUUCAGACGUUCAGAACUGGCCGCACGCCUGUCCUCGUCGCCACCGCCGUCGCUGCCCGUGGUCUCGAUAUCCCCAACGUGACCCACGUCGUCAACUAUGAUCUCCCCUCCGACAUUGACGAUUAUGUGCAUCGCAUUGGUCGUACCGGUCGUGCUGGUAACACGGGUGUCGCUACCGCUUUCUGGAACCGCGGCAACAAGAACAUUGUCCGCGACCUCAUCGAGCUCCUGCGCGAGGCGAACCAGGAGCUCCCCGCCUGGCUCGAGACUGCCGCGCAGGAGGCCACUUUCGGUUCUAGCUUCCGUGGCCGCGGUGGUGGCCGGGGCGGAGGACGUGGCGCUCGUGGUGGAAACCGCGACGUCCGCCAGGGUGGAGGCUUUGGCGGCGGCGGACACAGCAGCGGAGGCUACGGUGGCGGCGGAGGUGGAUACGGCGGCGGUCGCAGCAACGGGUUUGGCGGUGGUCCCAGCUAUGGCGGCGGUGGAGGUGGUGGAUUCGGCGCUGGCGGAGGCAACACUGGCUGGUGGUAAACAUCUCAAUGUUUCCUUGACUCUCAAGAUUCCUCGAAGGAUCAAGACGCUGGCCUCGUCUCUCUAGACAACCAGGCUGGGCCGGCAUCCAAGACUGUUCUGUUUUCUCUCUAUGUUCUCCUGUUUCAUCUCGCUGCACUCAACACGGACUUAUCAAUGCGCUGCUCUACACUCAUCCCCCUCCCCUUCCUCCUAUUUCUCCAUCUUCCAUCUGUCUCAAUCGCCACUCGUCAUGCAAUCUGUUCAGUUUUGUCUCGUCUCGCAACAUCCCAUCCAUCCAUCUCCGCGCAUCGUACAUAUCGCAGCGUCUGCUCAUUGUUCAACAAAUCAACCUUGUUAUCCCAUCCCAUCGGCAUUCGGCAUUCAACAACUACAACUACACUGCUCAUCUGAUGCAUACCACCCAUCGCCUGACUUACGAUAUUUUAUCGGCUAAUUUCCUAAUCGCUUGCAUUCGAUGAUCAUGAUGAUAGAUAUAGAAGUACGGCGCGGCCGCUGGUUGAGGUUGUUUUAUUUCUCUUUGAGCAGAGCGACACCCCACUUCAUUUUGUUCCAUUGCGAUUCUCGCCCUUUUUUCUCUUUCGAACGCCUGUAUAUUUUCUUCGUUCUUUUAUCUUCCUCGUCACGAUUUGGUUUUUUUAUUAUUCCUGUUGCUGCUUCAGCAUCGGUGCAGAACGGGUGCAUGCAGGUCGUCGUCUCGCGAUACCCUCUUUCGCAUUCCGCCCACAAUUCCCCUGUGUUUUGAUGGUUUCAUGUGUAUCCUCCACCAGCACCAUUUUACUGAAGCAAGUACGAUACGAGACAAGAUUAGUUUACUGCAUGGCAUGGUUUCUUCCUUUUUUCUUUCGUUAACUUAGAGGUUAGAGCAUCGCAUCGCAUAACGUAUCACGAGUGUACCUUACCCUAG